AAUAAACAACCGGCUUGAAGAAAAUCGAUUCGUUUGCAAUUGGUGCGCAGUUGCGCAUCACAAAUUGCAGUGAGGAAACAUGGACGAGAUGGACGAUGUCAGUUUGGAUUUUUUUAAAGAAAUAGCGGAAAACGGAACUCAGGGUAUAAGCAUUGUCGACCAUCUUAACUGGCAGGAACCAGUUGUACAGGUGGACAACAACUUAUCAUUCGACACCUUCUCAUCAUUGGAUUCUUCAUUGCUGCCUCUAACCCCCCCUGGAUCAGACCCAAAUACUCCUACGUCGAUAUUUGAUCGAAAUUUUGAUGUAACCAUGGCAGAUUCUGGACAAACCUGUUUAACUGACGCACCAGAACUGGAACGCUAUCUAAGACGGACUAAUCCUCUGCAAAGCAAGGACAUCAAACGUAAAGUCUCCACUGAAAGCGAAAGAGAAGAUGUCAAACCGAUGAGAUUGAAAAGCAUUUCUCAGAGUGAUUCGGGAGAAUGUCCCCAAGCACAAAAUAAAAGAGCAAUCAGAUGGACUAAAUGUGAUACAGAAGAAUGGCAUAAAAUAUACGAGUCCUCUGUUCAAUCGGAAGAGCCAUGUCUUCAUAUCACCUGUGAUAAAGGGUUAUCUUUUUCCCCGGCAGAAAGUGUUUUCAUCUGCCAGAAAAAGAAUCAUUUUCAGAUUUCUUUAAAUCUGGAAAUGGUCUUUGGAAAUGCAACUCUUGUUGAAGUUGAUGGUGCUUUUGAACGCGUAAAUUUCUGCAAGAUUCAUCUAUACGCUUUAAAGGCUGAAUCUCCUCAAAAGAAGGUUAACAUUGAGCAGUCCAGUGCCGAUAGAUCAAAACGGCCUUAUGUGCCAGUAAGAAUUCCCAACGGAUCCUCGACGAAAACGCUGACGAUUGGUCGAUUACAUUUCUGUGAAACGACCUCAAACAAUAUGCGAAAACAGGGCAAACUAAAUCCAGAUCAAAGGUAUUUUCAACUUGUUGUUGAUAUCCGUGCGUACACGAAUGAAGGAAAUUAUUCCAUAUGUCGACAGGUUUCCGAAAGAGUUAUUGUGAGGGCAUCAAAUCCGGGGCAAUUCGAAAACGAUGUUGCUCUUUGGUGCAAAGACAAGAGUGGCGAUUGUGUUUACAGAAUGGGGCAUGUCGGUAUCAACACAGACGAACCAGAUCAACCCCUGACUGUAAAUGGAAAUAUAAAAUUAACUGGUGUAUGGCUAACACCAUCUGAUGUUCGACUUACCGAAGGUAUCCUUCAGGCGGACACUCGUAAAAACUUGGACAACAUCAACAGCAUGAAACUGUAUCGAUAUCGCUACAACAAGAUGUUCCUACAACACGCUGGCCUUGCAUCCGAGAAAACUGAUGAACAUUUGGGAGUAUUGGGAAGUGAUCUUCGUGCCAUGAUACCAGACGCUGUUACCGAGAGCACUGAUAUCCCGCUGCGAGAUGGAAAUGUCCUUAAAGAUAUUCCAAUGAUCAAUAAGGACCGAUUGCUGAUGGAAUCAAUAGGAUCUAUCCAAGAACUUUCAAAAAUUGCAAAAGUUUUGACAACUCGACUGGUUGAGUUGGAAACCAAGAACGAGAUUUUGGAAGUCAUUUUGAAAAAUAUGGUUUCUGAAUCCAUGGAGACAACUUAGCAUUUAAAGAAAAUUGAAAAACUAAAAAUUUGGUGUCAUUUUUGUAUCGAAUGUGUCAUCAAAACAUGGCGUCGCUUGAACAGUUUUACUAUCUGUGGAUUUAAGAUGAUUUUCGAUAUAACGAAAUUUGAGGCAUUUGAUUUAAAUUAAAACUUCCAAUCGUUUCUUUUACCACUAUGUCUACUUAUUUGCUUUGUAAAUAUGUAAAUAAUAAAAAGAGUUAUUCAACUUUAGCAGAGAAACACUACAUACUUGCAUUAGGCUAGUUUAGAUCUUCAAAUAACAAAAUAAAGAAUACUUUUUUUACAAA